AAGAGUUAUUAAAGCUUUCUUCAUCUAUGCAAUUUCAAUCUUUGUCAUCUAUAUGUUGACUAGCACAAAGCAAACUUACAAUGUUAGGCCAUUACUUUACCUUGAGCUUUGUGCUGCUCUCUUUGUGGAAGUAUUCAUUAUUCGUUUAAGUAACGACAAUAUGGAGCAACAAACAUGGAUAAUAAACAAAGUCCGAUUAUUUUUCAUGGUAUCUGCUUCAGCUCAACUUUUAUAUGCAAUUUGCACAUACAAGGACUAUGAAAGAAUGAACCAUCAAAUAUUACUAACACUGGUCAAUAAGAUUAGCACCAUGCAAAAAAUAAAGGAGUGUUCUUGGGACUUGGAUACGGAUGAUCAUGUGGAUGAUUGUCUCAAUGGAUAGAUACUGAUUUACCUGAUGAUGUGAACUGUGUUGAUGAUCCUGACUAUAUAAUUCCAGAAGAAGUUGCAGAGAAUUCAAUCUCUACCUCUAUAACUACAAAAAAUUACAAUCUACGCUUGCGCAAUCGUUUGCAUUGAUUCUUCCCAAAACAACAAAUAAACACACUGCUAUUUUGUAGCAAUUAAAACUUUGAAGACAUCCAUCUAUGUACAACACUUUAUUUACCUGAUGGAUGUGAACUAUUAAUUUGACAGUAGUUGAAAAUUGGUAUACCAAAAAGGUAGAUAACAUUUUGAUAGAAACCGGUACCGGCUCUCAACAGAAUAAUGAAGAUAGUACAAAAUAAAUAUUAGGACACAUGCCAAGAUUCGAGAGCUUGGUUCUCUCCCUCCCAAGUGUCUAACACUCACAACUGCAUCAUGAUCAAAAUAGGGGUCUGUUUCCCUUCUUAUAUUGCCUAAGUUAUGUAACUGUUCUUUAUUGGACAACAUUUAUCUUGCUUUAUUGGUGCCCCUUCCUCUUAUAAGUAUUCUUUAUGAGAGGUUUAACAAUA